AUGCCACCUAACAACAGGAAAAAGAAGAAGCCCGCCUCCAAUCCGGCUCGAGGAUUUGCCACGGUCUCGGUGCCAUCUAAACCAAAGCCUACUGAAUCGUCAACCCCAGUCUCUACCGCAGACUCCAAGUCCGUGUCCGAAAGUGAUCGUCCAACGCCCGUCGAUGGAAAGCAGCAACCCGCAGUAGAGUCCAAAAGCGAAGCCGCCCCCUCAUUACAGAACUAUACUCCAGAAGAACUUGAGAAACACUUGGAGGAAGCUGAACUUCAGCUCUUGGUUGAGAAGUAUGCUUCCAAGUGCAGAAGUGAUGCCGCCCGCCAAGUCACCAAGUUGGAGACAGAACGCAGAGUAUUCCGGCAACAAGCCGUUUCUAUAAACCUGAUGGAGUGGCUUCCCACCGAGGUGCUACAGAAUAUCAUGCAUCUGGUUGAGACGGAAGAGCGAGAGCUCAGUCCAUUACCCGGACGGGAUUCGGGAGGUCAGAAGAAAACUGUCUCGGAGGAAGAACUAUACAUGAGACUCUGGACCCUGAAGGAAACCCUGCUUAAACUCGGCUUCCCGGAAGAGAAAGUAAACGAGGCUUUGAAGCAUAUGCUUCUCUACUUUUCUGGUAAUUCUGCCACAUCCAAUAGGGAGGUGGUUUGCAACCUGGAUGAGGCUCUAGAUUGGCUUGCCUUGCAUUGCACUCCCAAGGAAUUGCCUUCUUACAUGCAGACAAAUGCGCAGCAGCGCAAUGAGUUGGAUAGACAUAUCUCUUGGAUAAAUGAUCGUGAGCCAUCACAAUCCUCCACCCCAAGUUUGGGCCCAAAUAAUAGCAAAGUGAAAAAGCCCAAAAGCCCUGUAAAGGAGCCGAGCCCUGCCCUCCAAUCGAGCCCCUACGACUCGGACAGCUCCCUUGACCCGGACACGCUCAUUCCAAAGUAUCUGGACCUGCAGACUCGCCUGUAUGGCCUGCGACCGGAGCUAUUCGACCAACCCAAGAAGGGCAAGAAGGGAGGCCGUAAGCCUGCUGAAGCCGAGCAAGACCCUCAGGUCGUGAGGUUGCAACGCAAAAUUACUAGCAUUGAAAAUGAUGUGCUGUUUGACCAGCAUGAGGCCGAAUACAAGUGGAGAGAGAAACUUGACGAUCUACGCAAAGAGGCGGCUUUUGUCCGGCGCUCACAGCCUGAAGAGAAGCCUGUUCAAGAGGAAGCUGAAAAUGCAGAGCAACCAGAGGAAACGGUAACGAAACCGGAGAAUGGCGCACAACCGCUUGACAAUGAAGAGGCUACGGACUUGUUAGGCGACAUGUUCCAAGAUGAGGAACCUGUCCUGGAACUCGGUGUGAUAACGGAGGAAUUAAAGAAGGCAUCUGUCAAAGUGCGCGAUUUCGGAAAAUGGACUGGACUUAGCCCCCGGCGAGUGCUAGAAGAAACGUGCAAAGCAAGGGACACGGGUUGCAAGAUCACGUUCAAGGACAUGUCCGCUUCGUCGCAUUCGAACAGACAAGCUCUUGAAGUAAGAUGGUCCAAACCUCAAGAGGUUCCCUUCCCUUUUGUCUGGGACACUACCACACAUAACUCGAAUGCUUACGCGACAUUCGUUUCAAUGGACUCGGUGGCGACUCCAAACUCUCAGCAAGCGGAAUCCUUCGUUUCCACUCUUGCUCUUUUCAUCCUAUUCCCGCAGAACUCCAAAGAAGGAAAAGCAUACCUGCGCCUUCCAGCGGUGUGGCGAGAGCUUUGGACGGAGUUUGCGAAUGCGAAGAAGUUGCAGGAAGACGAAGCUGACAAGCAGACUGUCAAGGAUCUGAAGAAACUCAUACAGGAUAACCAUGGGGCCUUUGAAGAUGAUGUUGUCUUGUCGCAUAACUUCCGGAAGCGAAACGGAACCUCUAGCAAGCCGGAAUCCCCAGUACGGGGAGCCAGCAUAAAGGACAGUUCUGAGCCUGACGAGGAGUUGACUCGGAUCUGGACAGAAAAGUCGUCUACGGCCUCAUUCCAGUACAUGGCUCAGGGCAGGAUGAACCUGCCCAUUUGGAAUUUCCGCGACGACAUUCUCAAUACUCUUGACACACAUCGUGCACUCAUCAUCUGCAGUGAAACAGGAAGCGGGAAAAGUACGCAAAUACCUUCGUUUAUUUUGGAGCAUGAAAUGAAGCAAGGCCGACCGUGCAAGAUCUAUGUGACCGAGCCUCGCAGGAUCUCGGCCAUUUCCCUUGCCCGAAGAGUGAGCGAAGAACUAGGCGAGAAUAAGAACGAUGUGGGAACGGCGCGCUCGCUCAUUGGCUUUGCUGUCCGAUUGGAGAGUAAAGUCAGCCAAGCUACGAGGCUUGUAUUCGCGACUACCGGAGUGGUGGUGCGAAUGCUUGAGCGCCCUGACGACUUCCGCGAUAUCACUCAUGUUGUUCUCGAUGAGGUCCACGAACGUUCGAUUGAUAGCGACUUCCUCCUCAUCGUCCUUCGGCGGUUGAUGCAAAAGAGGCCCGAUCUGAAGCUGAUUCUGAUGUCGGCCACACUUGAGGCGCAGCGCUUCUCCACCUAUCUUGGCGGUGUUCCGGUACUGAAUAUCCCAGGUCGGACAUUCCCUGUGGAGAUGAAGUUCCUAGAGGAUGCCAUCGAGAUGACCAACUAUCGGUUGCUGGAGAAUGAAUCCAACGCUGUGGAGGAGGAAACAGAUGAAUUGGCGCUGGAGACGGCGCAGGGCGACACUGCCGGCAGCCUGAUGACUUCGCUCGAUGGAUAUUCUAAGCAAACCAAGGAGACCGUGGCAAACUUUGACGAAUAUCGCCUGGACUACCAGCUCAUCAAGCGGCUGGUUGUGCAGAUCGCUUCGUCGCCUGACAUGACACACUACAGCAAGGCCAUCCUUAUCUUCAUGCCCGGUAUGGCGGAGAUUCGUCGGCUGAACGAUGAGAUCCUAUCGGACCCGACUUUCCAGCAGGGAUGGAUUGUGCAUGCGCUGCAUUCAUCUAUCGCCAGCGAAGAUCAGGAGAAGGCUUUCGUGGUUCCUCCUGAGGGCAUGAGAAAGAUUGUAAUUGCCACCAAUAUUGCAGAGACAGGUAUCACCAUCCCGGAUAUUACUGCGGUGAUUGAUGCGGGCAAAGAGAAGAGCAUGAGGUUUGAUGAACGCCGUCAGCUAUCUAGGCUCGUCGAAACGUUUAUUUCGCGCGCUAAUGCGAAGCAACGACGUGGACGAGCUGGUCGUGUGCAGAAUGGUAUCUGCUUCCACCUGUUUACGAAGCAUCGCCAUGAUAAGCUGCUCGCAGAACAGCAGACGCCCGAGAUGCUCCGGUUGUCUCUCCAAGAUCUUGUGCUGCGUGUCAAGAUCUGCAAGUUGGGUGAAGUGGAACCGACGCUGCUGGAGGCGCUCGACCCGCCGUCAUCCAAGAACAUCCGCCGGGCCAUCGAUUCGCUUAAGGAGGUGAAGGCCCUAACAAACGCGGAGAAUCUGACCCCUCUGGGUCUGCAGCUGGCCAAGCUGCCGUUGGACGUUUUCCUUGGAAAGUUGAUCAUCCACGGCGCCUUCUUCCGCUGUUUGGACGCGGCCGUCAGCAUCGCCGCUAUUCUGUCUUCGAAGUCGCCAUUUGUGAACACAAUGGGCUCCAACACCCAAAAGGACAUUGCUCGACUGUCCUUCCGCAAGGGCGACUCUGAUCUGCUGACGGUAUACAACGCCUACUGCGCGUGGAAGCGCGCCCGCAACACACCCGGCGUGAGCGAAUACGCCUUCUGUCGCAAGAACUUCCUCAGCUCGCAAACACUGCUUAAUAUCGAGGACAUCAAAAUGCAGCUGAUUGUAUCAAUCGCCGACACAGGGCUAUUAACGCUGGAUCCAUCCCAGAAAGCGCUCCUCAACCGUUCCCGAUCCAACAACCGACGCAACUUCUUCACCAUCCCGGAAGAAUACGAUUUCAACAGCGUCAACGAUACCAUAGUCAACUCCGUAAUCGCCUGGAGUUUCUACCCGAAACUGCUCACCCGCGACGGCAAAGGCUGGCGCAACGUCGCCAACAACCAAGCCGUCACGCUGCACCCCACCUCGGUGAACAAGCAAGCCGAUGCAUCGGCCAUAAAAUGGGUGUCUUAUUACCAUAUCAUGCAGGGCCGGAAUAAGAAUUAUAAUGCGUUUGAAACGACGGCUGUGGAUGAUUUCGCUAUUGCGUUGUUGUGCGGAGAGGCUGAGUUUAAGAUGUACUCCGGCGUCAUAUCCAUCGACUCCAACCGCAUCCGCUUCUCCCUACGAGAUUGGAAAUCUAUGCUCGCGCUGAAGACCCUGAGCGCGAGACUACGCGAGAUCCUACAGAAUACGUUCCGGGAACCGCAUCGCGUGCCGUCGUAUAAACAGCAGCAAUGGCUGGGUCUGUGGCAGAUGAUUUUUGCUCAGGUGAGGAAGUAG